AUGGAGGUAAAACUCAGAGAAGGUAUCAGUAAGUUAAAGGUAAAACAUGUACAGGGCAUUGCAAUCAUCCCCAAAUCAGAAAACUCGGACUUCAGAUUACUCAAGGGAAAUCUGAACAUGAUAGCGAGCCCCUCGAAGCUGUCUCCUAGCAACUGGCUGGAACUUGAAGCCAGGCUGCCAGGCGCAGAAAAACGUGCGCCUCCACCCGCUGCCUCCCCGGCGCCUGGUGCAGUUCUGCACCUGCCUCCCCGGCUCAUCUGCAGGUGCAUUGCAGUCUGCGCCGCGCUGACCGGGGGCACCCUGUCUGAAGGUCGCCGGCACCAUCACUCCGUCUGGCCUCCCCCGUCUCCUUCCUUCCGGCUGCUUGGAUUCCCCCAGUCGCAAGUUAAGAUUCUUCUCUUCUACUUGAUUUUCUACGGCUGCCUGGCAGGUAUAUUCAUUGGGACCAUUCAAGUCAUGCUGCUCACCAUCAGUGAAUUCGAACCCAAAUACCAGGAUCGAGUGGCGCCCCCAGGAUUGACCCAGAUCCCACAAGUAUUAAAGACAGAAAUUUCCUUUUCUGCCUCUGAUUCUAAAAGCUAUGAGAUGUAUGUGAGUGCCAUCAACAAAUUCCUACUUACAUACAGUGAUGAACAACAAAUGGGAAAUGCUGCAUUUGAGGACUGCGGUGAUGUACCCUCUUCAUACAAAGACAGAGGAGAAUAUAAGGAAGGUCAAGGUCGGAAGAAUGUCUGCAAAUUCAAACGCGACUGGCUGGGGAACUGCUCUGGAUUACACGACCCCACCUAUGGGUACAAGGAUGGCAAGCCAUGCCUCAUUAUCAAGCUCAACCGAGUUAUGGGCUUCAAACCUAAGCCUCCACAAAACAGCUCCCUCCCCGAAGACUUUGUAGGAAAAUUCCAUGAGAAUAUCAUUCCUAUCCACUGUGCUGGCAAGAAAGAAGAUGAUGUGUCUAAACUAGGCACUGUAGAAUAUUACGGGCUGGGGGGAUUUCCUGGCUUUCCUCUACAAUAUUACCCAUACUAUGGCAAGAUCCUCCAGCCAGAUUAUCGCCAGCCCCUGGUGGCAGUGCAGUUCACUAACCUGACCUUUGACACAGAAGUCCGCAUAGAGUGCAAGGCCUACGGUGAGAACAUUCACUAUAGUGACAAGGACCGUUUCCAGGGACGCUUCGAUGUUAAAUUUGACAUAAAGAGCAGCUGAUCAUAAGCACCAUUUUUUCUUUCCCAUCCUCCUAGCCAUUUAAAAGUUUAAAAUAAACAAAACAAAAAAAACCUACUAGUCUUGAACAAACUGUCAUACGUAUGGGACCUACACGUAAUCUAUAUGCUUUACACUAGCUUUCUGCAUUUACUAGGUUAGAAUGUAAACUUAAAGUGUAGCAAUAGCGACAGGAAUAUUUAAAUAUUUAUUCUACUGUAAAUGACAAAAGAAAACAAUUGAGCCUUGGGACAUGCCCAUUUUUACUGUAAAUUAUGAUUCCAUAACUGACUUGUAGUAAGCAGUGUUUCUGGCCCCUAAGUAUUGCUGCCUAGUGUAUUUUAUUUAGUGUACAGUACUAUAGGUGCAUACUCUGGUCACUUUUUUUUCCAAGCCAUGUAUUGUAUUUGUUUUCUACUUUCUGUGAGCAAAAAUGUUGGUGUCCAAGGUGUAAAUACUCCAUGGGACUAGAACUGGCAUGAUACUCUAAUUUUUUUCCCCCCUCUUAAACAUAAAGGCCCACCUGUGAGACUAUUUAACAGCACUCCAUAGAGCCUUCUUAUUUUCCUGUAGUGUUAGGGUAUUCUUAUUUGGAGGGGUGGCAGGGAAAACUAACUUAAGUAAAGCUAAAAGAAAACUAGGUGAUUGUGUACUGUGCUUUGUAGCGAAUGCUGUCUCUUUCCACCUUUCCCCUCAUCUUCCAGUAUGUUGUGUGUGAGACCUGGGUCAGGCUAUCACUCAUCAGUGGUAGGAAAAAACUAUUUUGGUUUUGUGUGUAUUUUCUCUCUCUCUCUCCUUUCUUUCUCUCUCUCUCCCCCCACUCCUUUCCCCCCUCCCCCCGAGGCAUCACACAGUGUGGUGCUAAUGUCUUUAUUGAAUGUUUUAACCAUUUUCAUGGUGGAAGAAUUUUAUAUUUAUGCAGUUGUACAAUUUUAUUUUUUCUGCAAGAAAGUGUAAUGUAUGAAAUAAACCAAAGUCACAUGUGUGAAAAUAAA